CCACCACGCUCAGGCAAAAUUAUUUAAGGGCCGGUAGCGGGGCAGUCGCCGCUCAGUCAGUCUAGUCGGCCGCACGCUCAGCCCAGAUGCCUGCCUCCGAUAUUCCCACGCUGACCGUCUCCGACGACGAGAUGGAGGCGAUGGAGGUGCACCGGCACUGCGCUACCCUCUCACCCGCCAGCUCUAGGUCCAGCACCCCUGCGACCCAGAAGGGCGAUGCAUCUGACAAGUGGUUCGUCAGUCUCGCUGAGAGAGGACAGCACGAGGAUUUCCUCACCAGGGCGGCCUCCCUCAUGUUGCAGGAGGCAGUCUUUAAGGUUGCAGACAGGAAUUCUUCCCGAGUGUUGGAAUGGCAAGAGCCUGAACAGCUGAGGCGACUGAUUGAAUUUGACGUGAACGAGGCGCCAGUCUCGCAGGACCGUCUUCUCGAGCUUAUGGACGACGUCAUCAGGUACAGCGUGAAAACCGGCCACCCCAGAUUCGUGAACCAACUUUUCUCCAGUGUUGAUCCGUACGGUCUAGCAGGGCAAUGGCUUUGUGCUGCCCUGAACCCUUCGGUUUACACUUACGAGGUGGCCCCUGUUUUCACCCUGAUGGAGGAGACUAUCCUUUCCGAGAUGAGGAAAAUCGUCGGUUUUACCCAAGGCGACGGACUUUUCGCCCCAGGAGGCUCCAUGGCCAACGGAUACGGAGUCAGUUGCGCCAGAUACGCAAAAUUCCCCAAAGUCAAGACAGAGGGCCUUCGUAACCUGCCCCGUCUUGUGGUGAUGGCCUCCGAGGACGCACAUUACUCUGUGCAGAAAAUGGCUGCUCUCUUUGGCCUCGGUGCCGACAACGUGUACUCAGUGGCCGUGGACGAGCGUGGACGCAUGAACCCCUCCGACCUGGAGGCUCAGGUGGAGCGCGCCAAGAGCGAAGGGGCCGCCCCGUUCAUGGUGCUGGCCACCGCGGGAACAACCGUCAUGGGCGCCUUCGACCCCAUCCAGAGCAUUGCCGAUCUUUGCGAGAAACAUGACAUGUGGCUGCACGUGGACGCUGCCUGGGGUGGCGGCGCUCUCAUGUCCAACAUGCACAAACACAAACUUGAUGGAAUCCACAGAGCUGACAGUGUGACCUGGAACCCUCAUAAGCUGCUGGCCGCUCCUCAGCAGUGCUCAGUUUUCCUCACCAAACACUGUGGGGUGCUGUCAGAAUGCCACUCAGCGGCAGCCACGUACCUCUUCCAACAGGACAAGUUCUACGACACGUCUUUGGACACAGGCGACAAACAUGUCCAGUGCGGACGCCGCGCCGACGUUCUCAAGUUCUGGCUGAUGUGGAAAGCCAAGGGAACUAGCGGACUGGAAGCGCACAUUGACACAGUUUUCGACGCAGCUGACUACGCAACCAAAACUUUAAAAUCCAGGGCUGAUUUCAAGCUGGUUCUUGAUGAGCCUGAGUGCACCAACGUCUGUUUCUGGUACAUCCCACCCUCCCUCCAAGGGGUUGACCCCAAGAGUCAUGGAUACAAUGAAAAGCUUCACAAGGUCGCACCCAAAAUCAAGGAGAGAAUGAUGCGCGAGGGAAGCAUGAUGGUGACGUACCAGCCUCUGAGACACCUUCCAAAUUUCUUCAGACUGGUGGUUCAGAGCUCAGGAGUAACCCAUGAAGACAUCGAUUUCUUCAUCCACGAGAUCGCCAGACUAGGGGCCGACCUCUGAACAAAACGCGGAUUUUAAUUUAUUUUAUUCUUUAGCCUUCCCCUUAUAUUACUAUGGCCUUUUCGCACAUAUAAGUUGUUAACAGUUGAUGUAGACUGCUGAGCAUAAUAAAUAAAUUAUAAUUGUAGCAUAAA